CCUCAUUAGUAAUUGACCCAUUUCUAAAGACAUUUAAUUUGUAAAAUACUACAAUAAGCUUAACGACGGUACUCCAAACUCUUUGCUCGUUAAUGUGUACCGUAGUAUAUAUAGUCGUAACUCAUCGUUGAUCCGCACAGUCGUCUGUCGGUGGUCAGUCUUUGCUAUCGAGUCUCUCUUGCUGAGUGAGCGAGUGCAUAUUCGUGACAUUUCUUUCUUUAAUUGUAACAUCGUCAUGGAAAACAUUAAUUUGUUAAAACAGGUGAGUUUCGCAAACUGUAAACCAAACUAAAAUUGUACAUUUUUCCAACCGUACUAUUUAUUUACUCCAUUUUCUGUUCUGUAUUAGGGAGAAGAAAGAGAAGCGUUAGCUUCAAUUUAUGAAAAGGAGUUUCAAGCAGACAGCAGCAGUGGUACUGGGAGUUCCUACUGUAUUAAGAUAACAGAGAGAAACAACGAAGCCGUCAUACAUGUGACAAUGCCCCGAGACUACCCCUCGGAGUCGCCGCCUGUCUAUGUACUAUCUGCUCCGUGGAUGGACAGGAAAACCAAGGAGAGACUCCACCGCUCCUUGGACCAAAUAUACAAGAAGCAUAAAGGUGAAAUUAUAGUGUUCCGGUGGGUCGAAGAGAUCCGCAACUUCUUGUUUUCCGUCGAGUCCAGACAAGAGCGAAACAAGAGAACAGAGAGAAAGAAAGUUAAAUCUCGUCCCGAUGAAUAUACAAAGGCGGCAGAGUGUCCAGACAUCACCCACGGAGAGGUCAUCACAGAUAGGAAAAGUAGCUUCCAAGGACACGCAGCUCGAGUUGGUUCUGUAGAUGAUGUCAAAGCUGUGUUGACCAAACUCAAAAUGCAUCGGAAGAUUGUAAACGCGAAGCACAACAUGGUGGCGUACCGCAUAGAACACAGAACAGCCAAAGGUGUGGAAAUAGUGCAGGGGUACGAUGAAGACGGCGAGGCGCACGCCGGCGGCAGGUUGUUGCACCUCUUGCAGACCAACAACUGCCUGAAUACUGCGGUGGUAGUGACGCGCUGGUUCGGCGGCAUACAAAUAGGUGGCGACAGGUUCCGACACAUCACCAACGCGGCGAAGCAAGCUAUACAGCAAGCGGGGCUGCUCAACAAAUGA